AUGGCCGAUGACGAAUUCAACCCACCGCCUGAGCUGGCUGGGUUGACUGAGGAACUGACUUGUUGGAUUUGUAAGCAGCUGUUUGACGGUCCUGUCUCGCUACAAUGCGGCCACGUAUUCUGCUCCAGCUGUAUCCGUCAAUUCUUUGACUAUAAUCAUGCACAAAAUCAGAGGCAGUUCUGCCCAACGUGCCGCGAGCCCAGCAGCACGGCGGCGCUUCGGCCGGUGGUGGCGGUCCGCAAGGCGGUGCUGGUGCUCCCCUCCGCAUCCGGCGCCGUAUCGGCGCUGCGGCUUAAGUUGGAAGAAGCCGAGAGCCGAGCGGUCGCGAUGGAACAGGAGGCCGCGGCCCUGCGCGCACAGCUAGCCGACAGGCACCAGCGGAGCCCCUCUUUUCCCACCGCCGCGCCUCACAGCCGCACCGGGCUCACUUCUGGCCCGCAUCCAGCUGCCGCCAACACCGCUGCUGUCACCAACACCAGGGACGGCCAGGUCAUCGGCCGGCGGGCGUCACCCACCACAUCCCCCGCUCAGGCGGUCGAGCGCGGCCACAGCGGCAUCGCGCUUCUGGAUAAACGGAGCAAUGGGGCGCUGGUUCCGGAGCAUAGCUGCGGCGGCACGGAAGCGAAGCGCUCGUCGGGGCCCCAUAGCGCCGGAAUCCAGGGCCGGAAAACAUCCUUGAAGGCUGGUGACGAUGAUGAAGAUGGCGACGAUGCCAUGGUGGAUGACCAAGCAGAUUCACUGACUGGCGAGGAACAGCGCACAGGGUCCGAUAGACAGGGCCGGGAGGUUCAGCACCCGGCCAAGAAGAGGUUGAAACGCGGUCCUGAGCCCGCCGCUAGCGGCGGUGUCGGCGGCGGCGGCAGCAGCCGCGGUGGUACGGCAGCGUCUCGGAGCCAGGGCGUUACAAAGUCGACCUCCCGUUACAGCGAUGGUGCGGGUGGGGACGGCGUUAGCUGCUCCGUCGGCCGCCGGCGCCGCCGCAUUAGCAGCAGUAGCGGCAGCAGUAGCGACGACGGUGCCGAUGACAUGGAUGCAGACGACAGCAAUGGCCACGGCGACGACGGCGAUGAUAAUGACGACGACGAUGAUUACAGUCCUGGGUCAGGGGAGCCCAGCGGCCGCCGCCGCGGCGGCGGCGCCGUACGAAACGGCCGUCGAGGUCGCGGCGGAGCCACCACGUCGAGCCAACAACUGACAGGUCGGAAACGAGUUCGCGGCAAUGGCAGCCGCCGGUCCCCCAGGGUCGCCUCCGGCAGCCAUGGCAGUGCCGGGGUCCUUGCCGUCGCUCCGGAUACGGUGGGCCCGCAGCCGCCUUCGGCGGCAGGCGCAACAACCACGACGACACAGCCGCAGCAGCCAGUUGGCGUGGGUACGGCACCAGGCGGUGUGGAUGACUGUCCCGUGUGCGGCUCCCGAUACCCCCUGGGCCAGCUCCAGGCUCACGUCCAGCUCUGCCUUACGAGGACGGGAUUUAGCACCGGCAGCCGCGGCCGCGGCGGCGGAGCGGCAGCUGCUGGAUUGGGGGAAUCAGGGGGGGAAUCUGCGGGGAACGCCGCGGCAGGGACGGGGACGGCAAGAGGAGCGGCGACGGCAAGGGAAGCAGCUGCGGCGGUUUUGCAUCAUUCAGCCGCCACUACCGCGCCACGGGGAGUGCCGCCACCAGCGGCGGCGCCCUGUGAGGGCCUUCUGAGUGGGCGUCGAGGAGGCGUCCCAGCGCCAGGGCCUGGGCCAGGGCCGGCAACCGCAACAGCAACAGCCCAUAAUAACAGAACCUUGAGAGCAAUGGCCAACACCCAGGUCAUGGCAGAGGCGCCAGCGCCGAUUAUCCAGAUUCCACCGGCAAAGUCCUUCCACCCGAUGAGCCUCAAGGAAGCCAAGAAGGUCUUGACGGAAUGCGGGUUGCCGACCAGUAACAGUAAACAGGAAAUGGCGGACCUCUACAACAGGUAUCGCACCUUCUUGCAGACGGAGAAGGAUCGUGGCACGUCCAAAACCGCCAGGCAACUGAUGGGCAUCUUCCUAACGGAGGCCAAACAGGCAGACAGGGCGCGCAGGCUACCCGCAGAGGCCCCGCACGCUAUGGCAGAUUUCAUCGCCAAGUACAACGCCAGGAUGAGCGCCCAGGUCAAAGCCAGGCGGGAGCACGCGGCCUCGACGGCGCUGGCUUCGGAGCCGGCACCCCCCGAGCAGGGACAAGGACAGUUGCCAGGGCAGCAGGGCCACGACCACCACCCCGGUGAGACGCCGGGCCAGGUUCGGGAACAUGGCCAGCCGACAUGUCACCGCAACCACCUAGACCAUCACAACUACCAACAAACUCACGACCAGCACCAUCAUCACGACCAGCAGCUACAGCAGCUACAGCAACAGCAACACCAGCAGCAGCAGCAGGAAAAUGACCGGCAGUCGGGCCUCCCUGAACACGACAGAGGGAGAAGUGGGCCCGCGGGAGACCGAGCCCUCGGACUGCUUCAGCCGGCUCACCCUCCUCUUCCCCGCCACGGCCCUCACACCGGGCAGCAGGGUCCAGGGGAACCCGGGGAUGGUGGAGUCCCGCGGCGUGACGUGGCGGGGAAGGAGGAGGCGACGGCAGGAGGUGCAGGGUCCUUGGUGAGCGCGCCGGGGAGGGCGACGGCGGCGGCUGUAGUAGGCGCGCCCGCUACCGUGGCGGUAUCUGAUUUGGGUCCGCGGCAGGCCGGUACCUGCGUCGGGGGCCUGAACAGGAGGAGGCUUCUCCAGGUUGUGCAGUCGGGGCGAGUUGGAGGGGCGCGGCAGGAGGUCAUUACGAUUGAUGACUCCGAGGAGGAUGGUGACGGUGGGAACUGCGUUAAGGAGGAGGCGCAAGGCCCUAGCCUGAAGCAGCGGGAGCAGGGGGAGCAGCGGGAGCAGGGGGAGCUGGAGAAGGAUAGGCCAAGGCGAGGUCUGACGGUGGCAGCUGCGGAAGGUGGGGAGCUGUUGGGGAGCGAGAGUGACGGCAGCGGCAGUGAUGGCGAAGAGUUGGCAGCAGGUGGUGGCCGCGACGGCGACGGCGGCGGCGGCGGUGGGGCCACGACGCCAUGCCUGGCGGCCUGCCUGACGGCGCCGCACCCUGAUGUCGGGCAUUUGUACCGUGGCGCAACGCCCCCAGCUGUUGCUGCUGCUGUAGCCGCAUCGAUGGCGGCGGCGCCGGCAGUGAUGGCAGUAGCUGGCGCCGUAGCACGGGGGGGACACACGCCGCCGCCGCCGCCGAGGAGGGACGCAGGGCAGUCUGGCAGCGGAGCGCUAGGCAGCGACGGAGGCGCGGUACCGUGGCGGGGACUGCUGCGCCCCACGCCGCCGCACAAUGCCGACGCAGCCGGUGCCGGUGCGUCUGGAGCGGGGCUCAUGGACAUAAGCAACAGCACCGGCGGCCAGCGCAUGGCCGGCACGCAGGCAACGCCGGUUUCAAAGGCUGCCUCCCUCCAAAGCCUCUUCGUGGGCGGUGCUGCGGCGACGGCGGCGGUGUGCGGCAACGCUUAUCAGCAGCUGCAGUACGACCAGCACUAG